UGGGGGGGCUGGCGGGCAUGGCUGGGAGCAUGUGGCUAAUGGGCCACGUUUUUCCAUUGCUGGGGAAUCCGUGUGGCUAACCCUGCACGGCUUCUCCUCUGCUCCUCAUUUCCUGCAAAUUUCCUCCUCUCAGUCAGGGUUAGACCUGAGGGAGCCAGAGGGCCGGGCCCACCGGUCUCCCGAGCUGGCCCUCCAGAGCCAGGCCCCAUUCCUGGAGAUGGGGGACUGCAGGAGGCUGGGCUCCCUGUGCUCCGCAAGGAUAGGAGAGGGCUGUAGCUGCCUCCCUUCCACCCCAUUCCCUUCCUGCUGGCGGGGCAGGAUGAUCUGGGCGUGGUUAGGCCUCUUAGGGGACAGCUGAGCUGAUCGCCUGGCCCCCACGUGACAAGUGUGCCCGCCAUCCUCUUGGGCCACAGUCUCCGAAGCUUUGAUCAUGCUUUCCUGUCAGAGUGAGUUUUGAUCAUGUACGUCUCUAGGAAUAUGUUAUGUACAUUACAAAAUAGGAAGAAAACCCCCCAAAAUGUAAAGGAUAAACAAAUUCUAGUAUUUUCUUCCCUCACCUCGGGGACCUUGUUCUUGGUUCUGUUUUCUUCCUCAUUUACUCACUAAGGGAUAGUAUUACUGCUUUUUCCCCCUUUAGCUGUAAUCUGAGGUUGAAGACUUCUGGGCUUAAAAACGUGAUAGUUAAAACCCUACAGUGAAGAUGGUGUUUCUUUCCCCCCGCCCCCGCCCGGUUUUACCGAGAUGUAAACACAGACCUCCCUGUAGAAGCUGAGGGAAUGCAGCGCACUGCUGUCACUCAGCGUGUUGUGAAGUGAUGACCACACCCCGUCUGGGAGUCAGAGUGGACACAAGAGACCACAGUGGAGCCACAGCCCGGAUGCUGGCCAAGCAGUAUGGACACAUGAAGAUCGUGGGGUUGAUAGACGCUCACUCGCCUUCUCUGCCCAAGAACCUCUAUCGGAGCCCAGACAAAUUUGAAGAUCUAAGCUCUUCAGAUGAAUCCUGCCCUGUUCCCCAGAGACAGAGGCCCUGUCGGAAGAAGGGCCUCAGCAUCCAUGAGGGGCCUCGAGCCUUGGCAAGGAUCACAGCCAUCGGACUUGGAGGCAAGAUGCAGCGGCCUUGCUGUGAGCAGGUGCCUCUGCCGGGCUACGUCACCUUCAACAGCAGUGAUGAGAACCCUCUGGAAGGGGGGGGCCUCUGCUACAGGGACGUCACCUCCCCGAUCAAUGAGCGGGAUGUGGAGAGCAGCAGCGGCAGCAGUCGGGAAGAGCACGCCUUCGGCACCAACCUGGGGGUUGGGAGGUGCAGCAGCAGCAGUGAGGGCCUGACAAGAGCCCCGGGAGUCAGCAGUGAGGCCUCUCUGGAGAGCAACGAGGAUUCGGAUCAUGCCUGUAAAAGUUCGGUUCGCAAGCAAACUAAAAGUUAUAUGAAGACCAAGAAUCGUUACAGCAACAGCGAGAGCCAGUGGCCUCCCAGCACUGGGACUUCGGGGGCAGCCUCUUCUCCAGGAUCGAUGCCCCAGACCGAGAGGUCCCGCCAUUCAGGACCUCAGGACCUCGCCGCGCUGCUGGAGCAGAUUGGGUGUCUGAAGUACCUGCAGGUGUUCGAGGAGCAGGACGUGGACCUCCGCAUCUUCCUGACCCUCACUGAGAGCGACCUGAAGGAAAUUGGCAUCACGCUGUUUGGGCCGAAGAGGAAGAUGACCUCGGCCAUUGCUCGAUGGCACAGCAGCGCCCGUCCCCCCAGCGAUGCCCUGGAGCUGGCCUAUGCCGACCGGCUCGAAGCCGAGAUGCAGGAGCUCGCCAUCCAGCUGCACAAACGCUGUGAGGAGGUGGAGGCCAUGCGAGGCCAGGUGUCGCAGGAGCAGGGGCUACGCGCCGUGCUGGAGAGCUGCCUCCUGGAGCAGGACGGCGCCCGGAAGGACGUGCACGCCCAGCUGCAGGAGACCUGGGCCCUCGCCCGGGACGCUGCUCUCAUCCUGGACCAGCUGCGAGCCUGUCAAGCUGAGCUGUCAGCCAGAGUGAAGCAGGAGGUGUCUACCCGAGGGUCCCCCCUGGGCACAGCCCUCCCCACAGCUGACUCCAACGGCUGGCCAGCCUCCCUGCAGGCCCUGAGCCUCCCUGAGCUGUCAGGAGCAUUGGAGGAUCGAGUCCAGGAAAUGGGGCGAGUGCUAUGCUCAGUGACCCAGAGCUUGGAGAAGCUGCAAGUGCUGAACGGGAAGGAGAACUGGCGGGAGCCUUAGCUGGGAGGGACGUCUUCCCUUUCCCUUCUCAGAAUCCGACGUUGGGUGACUGAUCCACCCUGAAGCUGUGUGCCUGGAAGACAGGAGCGCGGAGAGCAAGCGGCUGCAGCGGGCCAGAGGAUCAGGCCCCCGGAGCAGCAAGCAGGACAGGGCUGGAGCCGGGGCGAGGAGCGAGGCCCACACCAAGGCAGGACGAGGGCCUCUAGGCCAGAACCUGGGGGUGAGGCCCAGAGCGGGCAGGGCCACGGGGAGAGAGCGGGUCCCCGUACACCGCAGGUGCCACACGGAGAGGACUGGGCACUUGGGCAGCGUAUGUCAUUGGCUGGAAAAUAAAAUGUAAGCUCUGCUGGUAAGGGGC